CCGAUGCCCAGCAACAGAGGGAUGCAGUGGUGGUCAGUUUCAACAGGAACAUGAAGCACCCCCAGCAGGGACAGCGGCUGGAGCUGGAGUGCCGGAUACCCAGAAUCACAUGGGGAGCCUCUUGGUUCCGCCUGGAGAAGGACGGGAACCUUCACUUCAUUGUCUCAAGUAAUUCUCCACAAAACACAAUCUUUCAUGAGUAUAAGAGAAUAUCUCAGCGCUUUGAGGUAUCAUGGAGAGAUAGCUCACCUUGGCUGGUGGUGAAGUCCUUCACGGCACAGGACCAGGGGAUCUAUUUCUGCGUCACCAACGUCAACCAGGUGCUGCACUUCAGCUCUGGACAACCCGCCUUCCUCCCAGUCACAACAACAGCAGCACCCACCAUACCCGUGGCCUCCACCCAGGGCAGUCAGGUCACCAAGAAAGACAUCUUCUGGCACAACCCGGAUCCAGCAGCAGAACACAUCACACCCACUGCCACCACCCAGGGCAACCCUGUCACCAAGAGGAACAGCACACAACAGGGCCCGGAUGCAGGAAUAAGCAAUGAGAACACACCACAUUUCUGCCAUGAUACAGUCAUAUGGGUUAACCUGGCUGGCACCUGCCUCCUCCUGCUCCUCACUGCCAUCACCAUCAACAUCACACACUGCCGAAGACCGAGCUCACCGUAAGCAAGCAGUGCUGCGUGGCUGCUCAGCAGAAGGCACACAGGCGUCAUCCUCAUACACCGUCCUGAUCCCAUCAGCAACACACACAGCUGCCCUGAUGGAGCGCGGCCAUUUGGAUGACCCUUCUUUGCCUACACAUCAAUCUCACCCAAAACUCACCUCUCAUACCCCAAACUACCUCUCACUUCCAAAAUAUUCCCUCUUAGAAGCUUCUAAUUCCUAAUGCUCUCAGUUUUUUUCUUAGCUUUCAUUCGCAGUUCUCAAAUAAAAGAAUAUUUCAAAUAAAAGAAA